CGGUUUCGGUCGCUUUCAUCAGCCUUUUGUGACGCGCGCCACCUGAGCCCGCUUGGCGGUUAAGGGAGCGCAGGGGGGGGGGGCCGCGCCGUCACUUCCCCGCGAGGCAGGCCCGCCCCGAGCGCGAGCGGCGCCUCUCCCUGGAACAUGGUGUAGCCGGGCGCCUGGUCACGUGACUUCGUUCCAAGAUGGCAACGGCCGGGUCUGGGCUGGGAGGCGAGGCGGACGAGUUCGAGGACGCGCCCGAUGUGGAACCGCUGGAGCCGACGCUGAGCAAUAUUAUCGAGCAGCGCAGCCUGAAGUGGAUCUUCGUGGGAGGGAAGGGCGGGGUUGGCAAGACCACCUGCAGCUGCAGUUUAGCUGUACAACUCUCGAAAGUGCGGGAGAGCGUCCUUAUCAUCUCAACGGACCCUGCUCAUAAUAUCUCAGAUGCUUUUGACCAGAAAUUUUCCAAGGUUCCCACCAAAGUAAAGGGCUAUGACAACCUUUUUGCCAUGGAAAUUGAUCCUAGCUUGGGUGUAGCUGAACUUCCAGAUGAAUUUUUUGAAGAGGAUAACAUGCUGAGUAUGGGCAAGAAGAUGAUGCAAGAGGCCAUGAGUGCCUUUCCUGGUAUUGAUGAGGCCAUGAGCUAUGCUGAAGUGAUGAGGUUGGUGAAGGGGAUGAAUUUCUCUGUGGUGGUAUUUGACACAGCACCAACAGGGCACACGCUACGGCUGCUCAAUUUCCCCACCAUCGUGGAGCGGGGACUGGGCCGCCUGAUGCAGAUUAAAAACCAGAUCAGUCCCUUCAUUUCACAGAUGUGCAACAUGCUUGGCUUGGGAGACAUGAAUGCUGACCAGCUGGCCUCCAAGCUGGAGGAAACCCUCCCUGUCAUCCGAUCAGUUAGUGAGCAGUUCAAGGAUCCGGAGCAGACUACAUUCAUCUGUGUCUGUAUUGCUGAAUUUCUAUCCCUGUAUGAAACAGAGCGGCUCAUUCAGGAGUUGGCCAAGUGCAAAAUCGACACCCACAAUAUCAUAGUCAACCAGCUAGUCUUCCCUGACCCAGAGAAGCCCUGCAAGAUGUGUGAGGCUCGGCACAAAAUUCAGUCCAAAUAUCUUGACCAGAUGGAAGACCUCUAUGAAGAUUUUCACAUUGUAAAGCUGCCACUCUUGCCCCAUGAAGUACGAGGAGCUGACAAAGUCAACACCUUUUCAAGUCUGCUGUUGGAGCCGUACAAGCCACCCAGUGCAAAAUGAAGCCCUGUGGACUGACUGUUACUGAUUCUCCCUGACCCCCAACCGUUUCAUAUCAGUUCCUCCUUGCCCCUUCCCUGCAGGAACUCCACCCCUUCCAGUGACCUCUCCUCUACUAAAAAGGUGCGAUUGAGAGGCUCAUGAUAGGGUUGGAAGCAGCAGCCGUUGCUGUUUCUGCUCAUUUCUGUAUACUCACCUACUUAGAACAUACCCAAAACAAUGAUUCCAUUCCCUUCACUGACCAACGUAGGUAACUUAAACUCGAGUCAUUUCUUUUGUUUCUCUCUCACUCUAGCUUCUCCUUGAAUCAUGUCUUCUGGGUCCAAUGCCAUUCUGGCUAAGGUCCCAGUCAGGUGCUCUGAUGACACAGAGACUGUCGAUUCACUUACAGCAUCAAGGCCAUCAGUGCAAAUGGGAAGUAUGUAAAUAAAUUGUAAGGGAAAUGGUUUUGGUGCUGUUUGUUAGCUUGUUACUUUGAUUUAUCCUGGGAAUUCUUGGGAGUCAAGAGUGACACCUGGGAGUUCGGCCAGGGUGGUUUUUGUUAUCAGUCCCACUUAAACCAUCUGGGAAAGUUGUCUUCUACUUAAAAGGUGUGUUUGCUUUUAAUCAGAAUGAGCAACUUAAGUCAUUUUACUUUUGCUGCAGGACAUUAAGCAGCCUGGGGGCAUAGCUCACGAUUCCAGAAGUGGGUGGAGAAUAGUGCUUCUCCAUUGCUGGAAGUUCUACAUCUUUGACUUAAUGUUGUAGAAAGGAUAGGAAUGAGACUAUCUCAUUUUGGUGAGCUGUUUUUGUAGACUGGAAAAUAGAGGUGUGAGGAAGUCCCUAAACCGUUUUACAUGCAGAUAUUUCUCUGGCUCGCUGGAAUUUGAGUUCCCUUCACACAAGGAGCAAAACGUGCUGUUAAUAUUUCAUAGCAUGUAUAAUGUGAUUUCUGUGUAAAGGCCCUACUGAAGACAUUAGGAUUUAACAGAGCUGACUUUUCUGAGUUGAGUGUGUCACUAUAGGAACAAGAGUCCAAGAAAAACUUGAAUGUCUGGUUUCAUUUUAAGGCAAACUGGAAGACACACUGAUGAAAAAAAUAUAAUUGAACAUUUCAUGGUAGUGCAGUAUGAUCUUGGGACAGAUUCCAGAUCAUAGCUUUGAUCUCUCAUAACUGUUUUGUGCUUAGGAAGUCUUAGUCUUAUCAGUUUCUGGAACGUGCAUACAAUCACUGUCAAGCAAGCAGAGAUUUAAGGUUACUUACAAAACCUGCAAGCCCUCUAGAUGAUGCUUCGGCAAUUGGAUGCCUGCAGGUUCCCGUAGUGUAAUAAUGGUGCCCUCCUUAAGGAGGUCUUCCCACUGACCUAAUGUCAUUAAAAUUCUAAAAAUUGCCACACACAGUUCAAUCAACUUCUCUGCAUAGUCCCCAAGAAUUGAAUCACAUAUCACUUCCUUCCAAAAAAUUUAAUUCUUCACAGAUAGGAUGCAGCUUGCUAGGAAAAAAAUAUUGUGUGCAGCUCAUUUUCUGAUAGGAGAAAGCAGUUUUCCUUUUCUAUAAAAUAUUUGUAAGCAAGGUUGUGUUUUGGAAAGGACCACGUCUUAGCAGAGCGUUAAAGGCAGAAUGUCUGGAAAACAAACAAUAACAUUGAAUGCCUGUCUUCUAUUUAAAUCAGCAGGAAAAGUAGAAAACAGCUGUUGCUUCAUAUUGGACAUGUAAAACAUUUAUUUAUUUUGCUCUCACCAGGCAAAAAAUGCUCUGGUGAAUGGGAAAUCUUUCACAGAUCUUUUAUAACAGAAUUUUUUCCUCAAAUAUUGUAGCAGUUUCAGAUUUGCUAAAUGUGAAAGUCUUUGAGUUGUGUUUUUGUAACCUGGCUGGAUAACCACAACUUGCUAUACCUAUAGUCAGCCACUAAAAACUGUGUAAGAAAGA